GCCAACAAACGCACCUCCCAUGUUUGGGAACCCACUCGCUCCCUCCCUCCGUCUUCCUCUUUCUAUUCCCACUCCCCCCCAAAAAAAGGUCCGUCACCAACCCAGAGCACCACCAAACGCCGGACCCGGACGCGGAGGCAGGCGGAGGCCCGGCGCGCCGGUCGGCCCCCUUCCAUGCUCGCCGGCGCCGGCCGCCGCUGAUGCCCAGCCCGCCCAAGGACCGCCCCGCCGGCCGCCUCGGCCGCCUCAUCUCCGCGCUCCGCCCCGCGCGCGCCGGCCCCCUCCCCGUCCAGACCGGCUUCCCCACCUCCCUCGCCGACCUCUUCGUCAAGAACCAUGGCCGCCUCAAGAAGCAGGGCCCCUCCUCCGGCAGGCGCAAGAGGCGCGGCGCCCCCCCUUUGCCUUCCUCCGAGCCCUCUCCCCCGCCUCCCUCUCCUCCACCCCCGCCGGCCGCCGUCUGCCCGCCGUCGGCCCAGCCAAGGCCCGACCUUCCGCGGGCGGAGCCCGUCCGCCGCCCCGGAGGCGGGGCCGCCGGCCUCGGAUUGGGGUUCCUCGCGCUCGUCGGCGUGGCGUCCCUCGCCCUCCUCGUGAUCUGGAGCAGGAAGGUGGUUGCGGCCGUCACCGUCGCCGCCUUCUCGCUCUUCCUGCUGGAAUCCGUCAGGGCGUCCUCGCUUCGCCGGCGGCCCCGGCCCCCGGCGCCCACCGCGGAGCUGGAUAUCGACGACGGCCGCGGCUACGUCUCGCCGAUCCGGGAGCUGGCGGGGGAGCCGGAGCCGCUGGGAUCGAGCUUCUCCGACUCCGGCAGGGGGAUCAGCGCCUCCAUCCUCGGCAUUGACGAGAGGAGCGAGGCCGGCGAGGAUUCGUGCGUCUGGGAGCCGAAGCCGAGGAAGAGGUCGCCUUGGAGGAAGCUGAUCCCCAGGAAAUUGCAGAGAGGCCGGAAGAUUGGCAAGGAGUCCGGCUCCCUGUCAAGUUCUUUCCGGUCAAGCUCUUUCCGCAGCGAGGUCAGCGUAGCGGACUCCACGCUCGGCGACAAUGCCGGGGCGACGGAUCCCCCGGACUCUCGCCGCGGCAGACGCAGCCAAGCGAACGCCAAGGCGGAGGCCGCUGCCAUCGGAUCGCGGGACUCAUCGGGCCCUCUCCGCCUUGGCAUGCUUGACGGCAUCAAAUCGCGCGACUCAUCGGGCCCUCUCCGCGGCAUGGGUGACGGCGCGGACGCCGCCACCAAAUCGCCGGAUUCGUCGUGUCCUCUCCGCGACACGGGCAACGGCGGUGCGCGUGCGCCGAUGGGAAUCGCCGGGGCGGACGGCGUAGGGGGAGGGGGAGGCCAGUUCCCCUUGGUAGCUGUGACCGUGGUCGUCCUCGUCGGCCUGGCCGCCGGGAGGGUCCCGGCCGUGGCGCUCACCGUGCUUUGGUCCGCGCUGGUUGGCUGGCUUCAGAGAUUGCGGCGGGACGGCGAUGGAUGUACGCACGUAGGAACCUCCCGAUCCCUCCCAGGGUUGAUGCAAGUAAAUUAGUGAGUGAGUGGCCAUUAAACAGCAGGAGUGAGCGGUGGUACUAUAAUCCUUACAUAUACUUGUUCUUAAGUUAUUGAAAGCUUGAGUGCAUUCCAUGAUCCC